CUAUCAAAAGACUGCGCAGAAGAUUUUUUCUUCAAUGUAUACAAACACUUGUUUUAAUAUAGCUGUUAUUUUAUGAAUUGCCGGUGCGGUUAAGAACACAUAGUAAAAGUGAAGUGGCAACUGCACAGUUUCUGACGAGCCUAAGCCGGCCGAGAAAUUCGUCGCUGUUUUUUGUGAGGGCUGACUGCUAUAUAAUAACGCGCGAACAACUGAGUGAGUAGACAGCCGGCAUAUCUUUACAGUGUAUCUCAUCGGUUAGAUAUAAUUCGACGCGACCACCGACUGAUUUAUCCGCUUACUCCAUCAUCAGCAUCGGUAGAAAUGUCUGCGAAGGCCUUAGUAGCGGGUGACCCUAGACCGCCACCUCCCGGAAAAGGUGUUCUGCGUUUAUACAGCAUGCCGUUUAGUCCAUUCGCGCAAAGAACCCGUCUAGUGCUGGCAGCAAAGAAAAUUCCGUACGAAGUCGUGAAUGUUAAUACGUACUUUAAGCCGGAAUGGUUGAAGGACGUCGCCCCUCUAGCGAGAGUACCAAUACUAGAGCAGGACGGAGUAGUCAUUUACGAAUCUCUUGCGUGCAAUAAUUACUUGGACGAGGCCUACCCAGAGUCCAGAUUGCGGGCUAAAGAUGCAUAUUUGAGAGCCAGGGAGAAUAUGGUCGUUGAGAUGUCUGGAAAGGUGAUGAGCGGUUUAAUACAAGUUGCAUUGCGUAACCAAAUAGAAGAUGGAGUGAUCUGCAUUGCUGAAGGAAUAGACCUUCUUGAGAAAGAACUCUCGCAGCCCUUCUUCUCUGGAAAUAAAGUGGGUAUGUUAGACUACAACAUCUGGCCAGUGAUCGAGCGACUUCCAGCAUUGGAACGCCUUCAGCCUCUUGCCAAAGUUUGGUCGGACAACAAGCAUGCCAAGCUGACGGCCUGGGCGGAGAGGAUGCACCAAGAUGGCGCCGUCAAACAAUGCGAGUUCAGUGCUGAGACACACGCGACGUACAUGAAGAGAACGCUAGCGGGAGACAUACGUGCUCCCGACACGUGCGCACAAGAAACUUUCACAGGAUAUCCGAAUCUAUCGCGAUCCACAGGUUAGAAGGAAGCUGC